AUGAGCGUCAGCAUCAAGGUGGCGAUGCGGUGUCGACCGUUCUCCAUCGACGACAAACUUGGCGUCCAGCUGCUGCAGAACGGCGAAGAGGAGGGGGAGGUCAACCUCCUUAACUCCGACUACACAACCAACCGCUUCGCCUUCACCUACGCCUGGUGGUCAGCCUACGGGUUCGACCGCCACAUUCAAUCCAACCAGGAUGAAGCGGAGGCGAUGACUCUCAUGAAUCAGGAGAUGGUGUACAGCUCCGUCGGAACGAAAAUCAAGGACGAUCUGUACGACGGCAACGCGGUCGUGCUCUUUGCCUACGGAUUGUCCGGCUCGGGAAAAACGUUCACCGUUUUCGGUCCCGACGCGGUUGACAUUCCAGAGGCGUGGUUCAAGCACGCAGAACCUCACCCCUUGUGGGGCAUCUUCCCUCGGCUGGCGUACGAGAUGUUCAAAGACAAAACCGACGGCUGGAAAAUCACCAUGAAGUACUUCCAGAACGUCGUCGACACAGUCAGAGACCUCAUGUCUCCCGUGAUUUCUGAGCAACACUACAAGAACGGCAUGAAGAAGGAUGAGAACGGUUUCAUGGACAUCGACUGGUGCUGCAGCAAGGUCUUGAACGACUGGGACGAGCUACGGUCUGUGUUCAUGCAAGCGAACGCUAAGAAAGCCAUCGCUCCCACGCAGUUCAACCACCAAAGCACCAGAGGCCACUGCAUCAUGACGCUCGAAGUCGAGAGGCCUCACCCGGACAUGGCCGGCAUGAAGCAGAAGGGGAGGGUCUACGUGUGCGAUCUGGCGGGGACGGAGCCGGCCGGGGACAUUGUGUUCGCCAAGUACGACAAGAAAGUUUUCCCCAACGGUGACAUCGAGCACAAGUUCAUCGGGGCGCAUGAGGACGACCGGAAGACGAAGGAGUUGCAGAAUCAAGGCAUGAAAAUCAACCUGUCUUUGACGGAGAUGUCUCAGUUCUUCAUGAAGAUGGCCGAGGCGGUCAAGAAGAAGAAGCUUAAGCCGGGGGCGUCUAUCCCGGGGUGCAACUCAUACUUCCUGUGCAAGUUCCUCAAGGACACGAUGCUCCAGGCCAGGACGUACCUUUUCUGCGCAAUCCGACCGGAGGUGAAGUAUCAUUCCUACACCUUCUCGACGUGCAACUUCGCCAAGAAUGCCUCCGUGGUGAAGCUGCAGCCCAAAAAGGCCGUGGCCGCCAGCUCUCCGGCGGAGCGUAAGCUUAUGGAGGAACUCGAGCAGAUGAAGAUGAUGAUGGAUGCCAUGAAAGCGGAGAACGAGAAACUCGCGGCGGCGGGCGGGGGCGGAGAAGGAGACUCGAAGCUGCAGGAGAUGCUCGCUGCGAAGCAGGCGGAACUGAUGAACGUGCUCGCGUCUCGAGAGGGGCAGGAAGGAGGAGAGGGUGGAGGGGGGUCCGGAGGGUCUCCGGACAACACCGAGGAGCGUAUGAUGCAGCAACAGCGGGAGGAGUACGGCCGGAGGGGCAUCCACCUCACCUACUUCGAGAAGGGGACGUCGAUCCCCCACUUUAUUAACCUUGACGAGGAUCCCUUCCGGUCCCACCGCUUCAUGUACCUCUUGGACAAGCCGCGCACAACGUUCGGUUCGGGCGGAGACAUCAAGCCUCUGUCGUUGACCGUCGCCAAGGACCACUGCGUUGUCCUGAAGGAGGAUGUGGCGGCACCGCAACCGGCGCCUGAGGGGCAGGAAGGGGACGCUAGCCACGCAUCCCCGGCUACGUACGUCCUGGAGUGUGGUGACGGAGAAACCUUUAUCAAUGGCCGCCUCAUGUCCAAGUCCGAGAGAAUAGCCAUUUCCUGCUACGACCGCGUUGCCAUCGGAGGAGAGCUUCUGCUCUUCGACCACCCCGGCGCGAGACCACCAGGCGUACCGACCGAGGGAGGGGACGGGGCAGAAGCUGCCGCGGUACCCCCGACAGCAGAGUUCGCGGUGGAGGAACUCCAGGCGGCGUUGCGGAGCAAGGGGAAGAAGGCGCAGGAGAUGCUGGACGAGCGAAUGAAGCAGUUCGAGGAGGAAAAGGUGAAGUGGGAGCAGCAGAGGGAGGCCGCCGCUAAGGCAGGGAAGACCUUCGACGACGAGGAGCCCACCAUGGACGAGGAGAGGGAGCGAGCGUGGCAGAGUGUAGACAAGGAGAUCCUGGACGUGCUGCCGAAGAUCAAGGAGGCCAAGAAUAUCGUCGGCCUCAUGGACAGGGACACGCUCACCUUCGAUGUCGCCCUGCAAAGGACAGAAGACGAGGUUGGCGUUCCGAAGGUGAAGGUGCGGGUGGAGAAUAGCGCUAUCGCCGGGGAGGCGAACAGCAUCCUGCUUGACCCAAUCGACUUCCUUCGGGGUUUCAGCGUGCUCAAGGACGAGCUGGUUCAUUUGCGAAACGCCAAGGAGAACGGCCGCACCUACGUCGUCGAUACACAUCACGACCCCAUCCAGCUUUUGUUCGACAACACGUUCCACCUGGGCACGGGGGUGAUGUUCCCGGAGUUCAUGCUUUACAAUCUGGAGAUGGAGAGCGACGAACGCGUUGUAGAUAUCAAGAACGUUUCGGCGCCCUACAACAAUGUGGGGGCGUUCGAGAUGGUGUGGACUCCUCUCCCCGGGCCUGAGGAGGAGGACGCGGGCAAGGAUAUGAUGGACGUAGAGACGGAGGAAGAUCUGGUCGGAAAGCCUUGGACUUACCGCGUCGACCUCAAGGGUGCCACUGGACUUCCGCUCAUGGUGUCCCACGCGUUCGUGCAGUACGAGCUCGGAGGGAACCUGUUUACCACGGAGACGGUGGAGCAGGACACGCACAAUCCGUUGCUGGAGUACUCCUUCUUGCACCACGUGGAGAGGGUGACUCCGGAGUUAAUCGCGAGCUUGAAAAAGCCAAUGCAGUUCCGGCUGUGGGUCUCGCCGUACGUGAUCAACCCCAAGAACCUCGUGUCCACAGACAACUCACGAGUGCUCAACCCGAACGCCUGCGCUGAAGGGGCAAAUAUUCACAGAUCGGGAACUGUCGUGGAUCAAGGCUAUUUUGCCCAGCAACAAGGGGGAGCAGGGGGAGCAUUCCCCACGGACGGGUCCGGGCCGGACGACCCCGAAAAGAUAUCCGUGAGCCAGGAGUAUCUCCAUGGUCUCCGCGUUGCGCUGGACACGGAACGCCGCCGAGUGGAAGAGUUAGAGGCAGAAGUGUGUCGCCUGAACAAGGAGCUGGCGACGCUCAGGAAGCCAUCGCCGAGGUUGGCAGAGGAAACAAGCGGCGACGCUCCACCGGGAAACUCUGAGCCCUGCUCGCCCAAGAAGCGCCUAGAGAGCGCCGUCAAAACCGACCGUGUUUUGACGAACGCCUUGGACCACAUGGAGGCGGCGGGCACCGGCGUGGUAGGUGGUGCCGGGGCGGCUGCGGAGGGGGGCGUCGGCGGAGGGGGGCCAGCACCAGCGGGGGACGAAGCAGCGUCUUGAAUUCUAGAAAGUGGCCGGGCCUCAGCACCGCCUUUUGAGGGUUUCCCCCCGCCUGGCGUUGGUGUGUGUGGAUGUGUUGCUUGUCUUUCGACCCGCGCCAACCGGCCGACCAAUAAAAAGACGUCAGCCUUGCAGCGGGACAGCGAUCGAGAGCUGGCUUUCUAUUCCGCGGGCUCCCCCGACAGGUGGACCGUGUUGUGUGUCGUUGGGUUUGUGAAGUAGCCGCCAGGCGAAGAAGACUCUCUCUGCGGGCGGUGUCUGUGUUUUGUGUCUCCCGUUCAGACAAGCCAUGGUUGGUUUUCUUUCUUGGCUUUUGGCUUGCCGGCACUCGUUACUGCUACUACCAGGGUAAUGUUGUAAGCUGCCACGUGCGUGGCGCAUGGGGAAGAGAGUCCUCUCCUUACAGUCCCGAUUUCCUUCCUUGCUCCUUUGGCCUACCUUUUGGGACUGUAGGGUCACGGGAGGUGUGUGUACGAGUAAUAGUUUUAGCGCGCCACGGGAGGUGUAUGCACGAGUAUAUACCAUAGUUUUCGCGCGCUUUUUUCCGCACCAUGGUGUUUGCCGGGACCAGCCAAAUGGCGGCACGUGACGAUCAAUCAAUUUGGAAUGGCAUCCAUAUUCGCGUGUGAGAACUUG